AUGGUUGUCAUUCACAACUGUGGGAAUGUUAUCAUGAUACAGUUUCAUGAGUACUACUCACCAAAGCAGCGCCUUCAAUUCCUUCUUCUUCUCUUCUUUCUGCUAACCCCUUCUGCAACCUCAUUAACCUUCAAUUUCUCCAGCUUCUCCAAUGCAAACAAUAUAAGAACCGAGAAUCAUGCUAAUCUCGACAAGCAAGUCCUCCGACUCACCAACAGUGCUGUAGAUGAAUUACAGGUGGAGAGCGUCGGUCGAGCCACUUACGACGAACCCUUCCUCCUCCAGGACGCCACCGGAAAGCUCGCUGAUUUUACUACACAUUUCACCUUUGUCAUCGAUUCACUACGUGAAACCGCCUACGCAGACGGGCUAGUGUUCUUCAUCGCGCCAAACGGAUCCGUACUUAACACAACCCUAGGAAGAGGAGGUGCCCUCGGCCUGCCGGUGGAAAACCCUAUAGAUGGCCCUUCAAGAAAUAUUGGGUACAACUUUGUGGCGGUGGAGUUUGAUAUCUUCAAGAAUAGUCUGACAUCGGUUGACGAUCCCACCGGAAAUCAUGCCGGUAUCGAUGUCAACUCUCUCAAGUCCUUGAACACCAAACCUUGGAAUGGUAAUAUUACGUAUGGAAGAAACAACAGCGCUACGGUCAGUUACGAUUCCAGCACAAAAAAUCUUAGCGUUGCCUUCACCACAUUUGUUAAUGGUGCCCAACAGAUGGACUAUCUUUCUCACCAAGUUGAUCUGAAAGAGUACUUGCCCAACUUGGUCAUUGCCGGGUUCUCUGCUGCGACCGGUGCUAACAUUGCUGUGCACAAGAUUCUCUCAUGGAAUUUUUCUUCUACUGACCUGGCUAUUGCUAAGCCAGGAAAUGGGGUGAGUACAGGACUAGUCGUUGGUUUGAGUGUUGGUGGAUUCAUUGUCUUGGUUGGUGUGUUGUCACUGGUUUGGUUCAUCUUUUGGAAGAAAAGAAAAGGAGGGGAAAGUGAUGAUGAAGAUCCCAUGGGACUUAAUGACUCUAUCGAUGACGAAUUUGAGAAGGGGACAGGCCCUAGGAAGUUUUCGUAUAGCGAGUUGGCUCGAGCAACAAAUAAUUUUGUAGAGGGAGAAAAGCUUGGAGAGGGAGGAUUUGGAGGGGUUUAUAGAGGCUUCAUAAAAGACUUGAAUUCAUAUGUUGCUGUUAAGAGGGUAUCCAAGGGAUCUAAGCAAGGACUUAAGGAGUAUGCAUCAGAAGUAAGGAUCAUCAGUCGGCUUAGGCAUCGGAAUCUGGUGCAACUUAUUGGUUGGUGCCAUGAAAAGGGUGAGCUCCUGCUUGUGUAUGAGUACAUGCCCAACGGGAGUUUGGAUUCCCAUAUAUUCAAAUUGAAAAGCUUGUUGAAUUGGAGAGUAAGAUACAAGGUUGCUCAAGGGUUGGCCUCCGGAUUAUUUUACCUACACGAAGAAUGGGAACAAUGUGUUUUGCAUAGGGAUAUCAAAUCCAGCAACAUCAUGUUGGAUUCAAAUUUCAACGUCAAGCUUGGGGAUUUCGGGCUAGCUCGACUUGUGGACCAUGGAAAGCAGUCGGAAACAACAAUUGUAGCUGGAACCAGAGGCUACAUGGCUCUGGAAUAUGUUACCACAGGAAAAGCUAGCAAGGAAUCGGAUGUCUACAGCUUCGGAGUUGUUGCUUUGGAAAUAGCCUGCGGAAGAAAAUCUAUUGAUCUCAAGUUACCAAGUACUCAAAUAAACAUGGUGCAGUGGGUUUGGGAGCUUUAUGGAGAAGGGAAAGUGAUCGAAGCCGCCGAUCCUGUACUUUCAGGAGAUUUCGAUGCGAAACAAAUGGAGUGCUUGAUGAUUGUUGGGUUAUGGUGUGCUCAUCCGGACUACCGUAUGAGACCUUCAAUACAACAAGCAAUUCAAGUGCUUAACUUCGAAGUUCCAUUGCCUAGUCUACCACCACAGAUGCCGAUGGCCACCUUUCCUCUUUCAAUAUCUUUAUCCAUGUCGUCUGGUUAUACCACCAGCUCUGUAGAAGGGAGAACUGAUCAGUCUUCAGGCAACGGCUAUACGACUAAUUCCUCACAGUUCACAACAUCUUCUGCAACAGCAUCGCUUCUGUAA